AUGCUUCCAUUCCACCGUACAGAUCUGCGAACAUCGAAGGGUUAGGGCCAGGGUAGAGAUAGAACAAAUAUGGAACAAAUAUCAACAUACCAAUAUUAAGAAUAUUUAAUUUUGGCUCCACUUCGGAUGUGUUGGAAUUGGUGCUGAUGCUAACUAAUAUCCACGAAGAACAACUUAUUGAUAGUAAGUCGAAACUCGACUGAUCAUACAAUAUCAUUUUCAUUUAGGUUAAUCCAGUUCCAGUAUAUACGUGCAUUUGGUCUCAAUACCAUAAUAUCAAAAAUAUUUAUUUGGAAAACAGGCGUGAAAAAUGAUCUAAAGCUAGUAGAAUUUUUGUUAGAAUUGUAACUGUUCCAUACAGAUAAAACAAUGUAUCAUAUUAUCAGUAAAGUCUAAAAAGCAAACUAAUACCAGAUUAGAAAACAAAACGAGAGCUGUACAGGUCGGUUGCCAGUCUUGAAGGACCUUCCUGCCGGUAAAGUGGACAUACACUCUUGUCAGCUGAGAAUUCUCCUUGUUGACACUUCGUCGGAGAAAUGGCGGCUGGAGUGAGACAGGAGCUUGCACAGCUUAUGAAUUCAAGCGGAUCCCACAAAGAUCUCGCUGGAAAAUAUCGACAGAUUCUGGAGAAGGCCAUCCAAUUCACAGAUGCCGAACAAUUGGAAUCAUUAAAAGCAUUCGUCGAAGCAAUGGUCAAUGAGAACGUCAGCUUAGUGAUCUCUAGACAGCUGCUGACAGACUUCUGCACAAACAUCCCCAGUCUUCCUGACAGCACAGCCAAGGCAGUCUACCACUUCACACUAGAGAAGAUACAGCCCAGGGUCAUCUCUUUUGAAGAACAGGUGGCCUCCAUCAGACAGCACUUAGCCACCAUCUAUGAGAAGGAGGAGGACUGGAGAAACGCUGCUCAGGUUCUAGUGGGCAUUCCUCUGGAAACAGGACAGAAGCAGUACAACGUAGACUAUAAGUUGGACACGUACCUGAAGAUCGCCCGUCUGUACCUGGAGGAUGACGACCCUGUCCAGGCCGAGGCCUACAUCAACAGGGCCUCUCUGCUCCAGAACGAGUCCACCAAUGAACAGCUACAGGUCCACUACAAAGUGUGCUACGCCAGAGUGCUGGACUACAGGAGGAAGUUUAUCGAGGCGGCGCAGCGGUACAACGAACUCUCCUACAAGUCCAUCGUCCACGAGACCGAGCGUCUGGAAGCCCUCAAGCACGCUCUCCACUGCACCAUCCUGGCAUCAGCGGGCCAGCAGCGCUCCCGUAUGUUAGCCACCCUGUUUAAAGACGAGCGCUGUCAGCAGCUGGCGGCCUACGGCAUCCUAGAGAAGAUGUACCUGGACCGGAUCAUCAGGGGGAGCCAGCUGCAGGAGUUUGCAGCCAUGCUCAUGCCCCACCAGAAGGCCACCAUGGCAGACGGCUCCAGCAUAUUGGACAGAGCUGUUAUUGAACACAACCUGCUGUCUGCUAGCAAACUGUACAACAACAUCACGUUUGAAGAGCUAGGAGCGCUUUUGGAGAUCCCUCCCGCUAAGGACGAUUGUCCCGAUGGUGAGGUCCCUGGUUACAGAUGCAAUCUGGCUGAGAAGAUCGCCUCCCAGAUGAUCACUGAGGGACGCAUGAACGGCUUCAUCGACCAGAUCGAUGGAAUCGUCCACUUUGAGACACGGGAGCCCCUGCCCACCUGGGACAAGCAGAUCCAGUCUCUGUGUUUCCAGGUGAACAACCUGCUGGAGAAGAUCACUGCGGCUGCUCCUGAGUGGACAGCCCAGGCCAUAGAGGCUCAGAUGACCCAGUAGACUGACUGACACCCCCUGGCAUGGAACACAUCACCCACACCGGGGCACCCCAUCUCCCUAUUCCCUAUGGAGGGUGCCAUUUUGGACAAAGCCCCCAAUUGCUUCCCCUAGAGGUUUUGGCUGGGUGGCUGGGCAAAGGUAUGCAAGAUCGUACAUCGCCGUACUCUACUGUGGACUGCAAACUCCAAAUUGUUCAGUUGAAGCCAGAUCCAGAUGUUUUUUUGGCAUGGGCUGAUAGAGCUUCGCCGAGUGUCCCGUCUCUCUCCCUGGAGACAAGUUCCAAUCUGGUGGUGGUUCUCCAGCAUGUUUCUCUACUGUUGAUUAUGCUUGGAGGUUACCAUUCAUCUUUCUAGGACUAAUUAAUGGAUGCUUGUAUCCAUUGGCUCAUCAAGUUACCAGUUGUUGCCAUCUCGUGUAUACUGGUGUCCCACAGUGAAGGUGUUUGUUAUUCAGGUUGAAAUGUGAAAGACACACGGGCAAAUUCCUACUGACACUCUUUAUUUGUUGCUGUGUGCUCUUGUGCAAGGAUCUUGUUACAUUCUGUUUGGAGACAUCUUGUUAGCCCUGGGUGCAACAUCAACAAAGAGAUGAAUAAAAGUUGGAAAAAAA